CGCACGAUCGACGCGUUGAUGAUUGUGGCGUGUUGGGUGCUGGCCCGGUGUCAUAAGUUUAGUAGACUGCGCCGCUUUUAGACGCUAGAGUACAAAGCCACGUUCGUUGGUAGAACGAACUACGUGUUUGUGUGUGCGCUAUAGCCUUUAACUCAGUAGGCCGUGACCGUCAGGCCAGUUUGCAAGUGCGAUAGAAUGCAUUCAUGAGGGGGCACAUGGUAGCCAACUUCCGGAUGCUGCGCAUCAUAGAGCGUGCUAAAUACGGCACCAUUAAUGGAAGAUGCGGUUCUGAUCAAUAAGUGCAGUGGUUUCACAGCUGGAAUUGUGCUAGUCGUUCCUCCGAGUGCGGAAGCAAACAACGUGUGAGGUUAUACGGAGUGCAUCCACAUCUAACCUCAAGUACGAUGGCAUCCAUCACUGUGUUGCGCUUGCUUAAGUGUAUGAUUGUGAUAUUUGCCCUGGACUUACCCGUCGAUGGUGCCGUCGUACGACAGUAUACCUGUGACAGUUACUUCCAAUCCUGGUGCCAGCUGCACAACGCCACUGUACAUAUGGACACGGAUGUGCAGGCGAGUGUGUUCCCCCGCGUACGGCAGCUUGGCUUCAUCUACGGUUCCAUCGGCAACUUCACGCACACGUUCAACAAUCAGCUGUUCAAGGCGGGAGUACUAAGGGUAUUCGCACGGGGCACCCGGGUAACGACACUCACCAUGCCCAGCACGAUCGAGCAGCUCUAUCUGCGCGACAACGGUUUGCGGACGGUCGAAAUCGACCCACGGACACGGUACAUCGUGCGCUACCUCCGGCUGCAGAUGAAUAAACUUCGCUCGAUCGCACACUUCGAACAUCUCACGCAGCUGCACGAGCUCAAUCUGUGUGACAAUUUGAUCGAAGACGUACCGCUGGAUACGUUUGCCACCAUGCCAGCGCUGCGCCAGCUGAUCCUGUGCGGCAAUCACAUCAAGGCGCUCGGUACUACGCCGACCGUCAUCCAGCUACCCGCACUGACGCACCUAGACCUCGGUGGUAACUUUCUCGCGAGCCUCCCGCUUGAACGGUGGCAGCUGCCACAGCUGAUUAACCUAAGCGUGCGCGAUAACCUGCUAACCACACUGGACAGUGGACUGCUCGUGCGGCGAUUUCCUCUGCUACGCAUACUGGACGCAUCGGCGAACGCACUCGAUUGCCAUUCGUACCACCAAGCACUGCAAACGUUUGUGAAUCGUUCCGUGGUGCAUCUGAUCGAUCGGCGCAUGUGCAGCGUGGACGAUGCGAUCGUGCUGGAGGCGGAGGAAAUGCGACGUCCCAAUGGCAUCAAACCGGCGGCGGCGGAGGGUAAUGGUCCGCUUGAGGUACGCCAUCUGAAGGAACGUAUCUUUUUGCAGCAGCGCACCAUACAGCAGCAGCGGAUGGAAAUUGAGCAGCUGCGCGCCAACCUGACUACGCUGAUGGAGCAGUUCGAUCUGGUGGCUGGACCGGCAAGAGCGCUUGAUCCGUUCUAACGCGACCCCUUGGUGUGACGGUAGCAGUUGGAGGCAGUUGCCCUUUAAAGACAAACAUACCACAGAGAGAAUACCGGGUGAAACACACACAAACGCGUACAUUUAAAUGUGUUACUUUAGUGUAUAACAUGUGUGUGUGUGUAUAACGGGUGGGUGGAAAACAGUUUUCCGAGUGUAUUUCGACCUUACUGCACCAAUCUGGGACAUCAGCCCCUUCAAAUGUGUCCAAUAUUUUACAAGCAAAUCGCGCUGCCACGUCUAUUGCAACCGUGCUCAACCUUCAAGUACUGUUAGUGAAAUAAUGACUCCAAGAUCGACUAGCGCAGGGUCGACUUGCUUAAAGUCGGCCCGAGUGUGAAGAGUGUGACUGUUCUGGGGCGGUUGUUGUUGUUUUUCUUCUUUUCUAUGGCCAAUUGUGUGACAUUCCAAUUUCUCAUCAGCUGAACCGGGCGCGUCGAUCAUGCUUUUUAUUUUGGUUUGCUUCCUCUCUGUCGCUCACUCUACAUUGCCCUCGUUUGCAGAAAGAAGGAAGGCAGUGUGUGGUGCGCCAGCCAAAGUGUGACCACGGUAUGUCACGGCUGAUCUUCACGCAAUGUCAUUCGUCUGUGCGCGCCUGCAUUCUGCGUUAAUUAAUGGCCUUUAAACGGCAAAGUAACUUCAUGCGGUUGUUGUUCCCGUUUCGGUUCCUUCCCCCACUUUCUGUGACAACCGUGGCACAACCUCAGCCACUAAAGGCAGCGAACGACGUUGUCGUAGUGACCGGGUAGGUGCAAAGUGACCGAACAUCACUCGCCGGCCCUAAUGGACAAUCGGUUCGUAAACCGGCCAACAGGUGAAUUCUCACAAAAAAUGCUAUCAUUUUAUUCGUUUACAGGCGCGCUUUAAACCUUCACAUUUUGGGGGCGAGCUUUUGUUUGCAAAACAAACGUUAUUGCUAGCAACGGUUAGAAAUGUACAAUUAUGCAAACAAAUAGUAACGUAAUUCCUUAUCCCACCGAACAGACUGUCUAGCGUGCGCCUGGCUGAUCAAACACAAUUUGAAUCAUUUCGUUGUAUAUUGCGCAAGAGAUUAUGGAAAUGGUUGUAUUUAUUUAAAGAUUUAAUUUUGAAGUGAUUUUACUUACUUUAUUGCAGGCUUUUUUUUCUUUCGAUUGUAAUAUCUAUACUUUUAUGCAUUAUUUGUU